GGAAUUUGGAAUAUUUCAUAUGAUUUGAGAUUCAACACCUGAAGUGCAUGAACAGAACAUUAAAGUCCGUUUUUUUCCUUUCAGAUUUCGAUGAAUGUUCUGUGGCUAAUGCUUGCCAUGCUAACGCGCAAUGCACUAACACAUUUGGAUCGUACGACUGUAAGUGCAAACCUGGUUAUCAUGGAGAUGGGAAGAAUUGCUCAGAUAUCGAUGAAUGCUCUUCAGUGUCUGAUAUUUGUGACCCCAAUGCGCAAUGCACAAAUAACAAUGGGUCCUACACUUGCAGUUGUCGUCUUGGUUUCAGUGGUGACGGAAAGAAUUGCUCAGAUAUCGACGAAUGCUCGUCUGGCGUCUAUCCUUGCCAUGCAAAUGCAAUCUGUACUAAUACCCCUGGAUCUCACACUUGCCGUUGUCGAAGUGGUUUCGGUGAUGGACGACACACCUGUAGAACAUUACCAAAGUCUUGUAAUGAACGGAAGAAGGUAUUUCCCGCCUCAGGAUCUGACACCUACACCAUUGAUCCCGGUGGCAAUAUUGGAGAGGUACCUUACAAAGUGUAUUGUGACAUGAAAGACAAGGGUGGGGUGGGGGUAACGGUUAUCAGCCACAAUAGAGAAAGUUGGGAUUAUGUCAACAAUUGUCCUUGUAGUCCAGGUUCUUGCAGUCGUAUUGUUUCAUAUAAUGGAGCAUCUCUCGCCCAGUUAGCUAAACUGACUGAAAUCUCAACACGAUGUGAACAAUAUAUCCACUUUUUGUGCAAUGGUGAUGUAGCUUUCAUCGAGGCCUCUUACGCUUGGUGGGUAUCACGUGACGGUGUUCCCCAGUACUACUGGGGAGGAGCGACGCCGGGAAGCAAAAAGUGUGCUUGUGGUAUGACAAACACUUGUCAAAACAACAAAGGAUGUAACUGUCAUGGUGGUGCUGGUGGGUGGCGUGCUGACGGUGGUUAUCUGACAGAUAAGACAACACUACCGGUGAAAGAGAUGAGAUUUGGCGAUACUGAUGAUAGCAAUGAAGACGCUGGAUAUUACCUUGGUAAACUUAAGUCUCCUCCCGCGAUCAAGAGUAUUUAUCGCCGCGGUCAAAUUGUCUUGUUCAGUUAUCACUGCCUGAUCAGCAAGCAUCCAUUGCUCAACUACAAUAUUUUGACAAGAAUGAAACUUUUGCCAUUUAUUCUCGCUGUACUUUGCAUUUGUGCUUAUCAAGUAGCCAAUGCAUCCAAAUGUAAGGUCACAGUUGGCGGAAUAGCCCUCGUUGACCACGUCAUGGAAUCCUUCUUGAUGGACAAUAUCGAUAGCUGCUAUAAGAAGUGUGCUGAAACGGGAGGCUGUGAAAGCAUCAACUUUUACAAUAGCAAUUCCACGUGCGAACUCAAUAGCAGGACAGUUGAGAAUGCACCAAUCAAGACAGUCUUAAACAAAGAUGCUUCUCAUGUUAUGAAUCCAAAUCCUCUAGAUUUCGAUGAAUGUUCUGUGGCUGACGCUUGCCAUGCUAAUGCACAAUGCACAAACACAUUUGGGUCGUACGUCUGUCAGUGCAAGCCUGGUUAUCAUGGAGAUGGAAAGAAUUGCUCAGAUAUCGAUGAAUGCUCUUCAGUUUCUGAUAUUUGUGACCCCAAUGCGCAAUGCACAAAUAACAAUGGGUCCUACACUUGCAGUUGUCGUCUUGGUUUCAGUGGUGACGGAAAGAAUUGCUCAGAUAUUGAUGAAUGCUCGUCUGGCGUCUAUCCUUGCCAUGCAAAUGCAAACUGUACUAAUACCCCUGGAUCUCACACUUGCCGUUGUCGAAGUGGUUUCGGUGAUGGACGACCCACCUGUAGAACAACUCCAAAGUCUUGUAAUGAGCAAAAGAAGGUAUUUCCCGCCUCAAGUUCUGGCACCUACACCAUUGAUCCUGAUGGUCAGUACGGAAAAGCACAUUUCAACGUGCAUUGUAAUAUGACAGACAAGGGUGGGGUGGGGGUAACGGUUGUCAGUCACAACAGCGAGGCUCGAACUCGAGUAAACAAUUGUCCAAGUGAUCCAUCAUGUACACGAAGUGUUACCUAUUACUGGGCGUCUUUCACUCAGUUAGCAAAACUGACUCAAAUAUCAGCACAUUGCGAACAGUAUAUCGAAUAUAAUUGUACUGGUGAUGUAGCUUUUAUUGGUGAGCAGUCUGCGUGGUGGGUGUCACGUGACGGGGUAAAGCAGUAUUACUGGGGAGGAGCGACGCCAGGAAGCAAAAAAUGUGCUUGUGGUAUGACAAACACUUGCCACAACGGCAAAGGGUGCAAUUGUCAUAAUAGUGCUGGUGGGUGGCGUAGGGACCGCGGUCUGCUGACAGAUAAGACAACCCUACCGGUGAAAGAGAUGAGGUUUGGCGAUACUGAUGAUAGCAAUGAAGAUGCUUUCUAUAAACUUGGUAAACUAAAGUGUUACUAAAAGACAUGACAUUCCUUAAAAACACUAAACGUGAUCAAAAGAAAUUAUUUGUAACGCUUUGAUUUUCAAUCACAGACACAUAAUUUAGAAAGUAUUUAUCAAUCUUCAGUUUAAACAUACUAGUAAUCUACCACUAAUGCAUGCAUUCUGAUUGGCUACUCAACUAGAGGUUGAAUUUAUGAUAGACCAUUAUUAGAGGAGAAAUGGCAAAUCAAGAAUAUGAACUAUCAUUCGCAAUGAUAAGUUAAUAUUUUAUCUUAUUAAUGACCUACUAAACAAUUAGAUCUUACGUGACAUGGACUUCAAGUAAUAGCCCAAUAGGACAAGCCUGGGGAUAGUAGUGCAUUCAUCCUAUGGUCCAGUUGUUUAAGGCCCGCGUUCAUCCAAUAGCCUAAAUUGCGGUCGUUUCUUUUGUUUUUAAAAUAAUCGCGUGUUAAAAGCUGAUUUCUGGUUCAAAAUUAAAGAUGGCGAAUUUUCGUAUGUGAGAAAAUUGGUUCUUAGAUGCAAG